UCUUUCCUUUCAACAAAAUCCCAGCCCUUCGUCUUUCUUCCUCUUUCCCUCAAGCUCUCAGAGAGAUAGGGUUCUUUCUCUUCUUCUCAAACCUCGAUUUCAGAUAGCAUGCAGAUCUAUGGCGAUUUAUAGAUUGUGUAUCGGUAUCUGUCGGGAACGGCUUCGCCGGCGAUGUCAGUUUUGCCUCUUUUUGCAUCUCAGUCGAAGGUGAAAUCAAUCGUUAUUCGGUGAUUACCGAUCCCGCCUUGUAUCAACUGAAUUGGAAACCGCUGUGAAUUUUUUUGGAGCAGCUGUAAUGGAGGAUAUUUGAUUUGAAUUCGGAAGAUUCAGGAAACAGAUGUCGAACUCAAAUAACAACAACGCUUUAGGCUCAACCUCAUCCGGCUCGUUCUCACUCAUGAACUUGUGUGGGAGAGUGAUCUUUGACAGGUCCAAUUUCAAUGAUUGGAUCCAUAACAUCCGAAUGGUCACUCGUUACAAGGACAAAGAGUAUGUCCUCGAUAAGGAACUGAAGGAGGUGAACAUCAACAUUGCUACUCCCGAAGAAAUCGCUGCCUUUGAGGCCCAUAAGCGUGAUGCCACGAAAGUCCAUUGCAUCAUGCUGGCGACCAUGACUACUGAACUACAAAAGUCGUACGAGGACUGCUAUCCCUAUGAGAUGCAUCAAGACUUGGUGGACCGGUACCACCAAAGCGCGAGGCAAAAAAGGUAUGAGAUCAUCACUUCGAUGAUCACUGCCAAAAUGGGUAACGGAGAGUCCCUUACCGUUCAUCUGCAAACGAUGCAGAGAUAUGUUGAUCGCCUGCUGAAAUUGAAUGUUAACUUCGAUGAAGAGUCGGCAAUUGACAUUAUCCUUCACUCCUUGACUCCCUGUUACAACCAGUUCCGCAUGACCUACCACAUGAACAAGGAAGAGGUCACCUUGAGCAAGCUUCAAGGAUUGCUUAGGACUGCUGAGAGCAAUCUCAAGGAUAAGUCUAUUGCAUCAACUCCCACUCCAACCGCUGCUCCUAUUUUGGCUAUUGGGCAAGGGAGGGGCAAGAAGAGGAAGGCUCCUUCAAAGAGCCACCACAAGGGAAAAUCCCAAGAUGGUACCUCUUCUAGUGGAACCAAAGUUGGUUCUGCUAAGCCCAACUCUAACCCGAAGGAGGCAGAGUGCCACCACUGCCACAAGAUAGCGCAUUGGAAGAGAAGCUGCCCGAAAUAUCUGCAAGCCAUCAAGGAUGGGAAGAUCAAGCCAUCUUUCGCAGGGACUAAGAAGAGAUAGGGAUGUGGAGCUUGGAAAGAUAAAUCUAAUCAUGGGGAACAGAAGAUCGUUGCCUGUCACCAAGAUUGGAGUGUAUUCUCUAGCACUUAGUAAUGGAUUAGGAUUAGAUUUAAAUAAUUGUUGCUAUUCGCCAGAUAUGGCAAGAAACAUCAUUUCAUUUCAUGGUUUGUUUAGACAAGGAUUUAGAUAUUCAUUUGAUAAUGAGAAAGGUUCUAUUUAUGCUUAGCUAAAUGGUGUUUUAUAUUUCGAAGCAUUGCCUUGUAAUGGAAUUUAUGAAACUGUUAUGAUUGUAG